ACAACUCGCAUUCCAGAUCCAUUGCCGUCUUCCGAGGAACUUGACGCUCUUCCUUGUUUUAGAGUGAGGAUUUGUCAAUAUCGUUCGGUGUCAUUACAAAAUAACAAAGAGCAGACUGCAUUCUAACAAAUUAAACAAUUCUGUGUCUUAAUUUUACCCUUCCCCCGAAAUUCUGUCUUAUGGUUGUUUUAUUAACUUGCGGAACUGUCCUGAAAAGACCGCCCAGUCGUACCGUUGGGGCGCGGUAUUUCAGCACCGGAGCUGUCCAAGCCUGUGCACUGCCUCAGCAAUCAACAUCGAGCGCAAGGACUGAACUCUUGCUUCAUUGACUGCUGCAUGCGCAUCACUUCGCUUCGGUCUCGAGAUUUUUUAUGCAUUUUUUUUCGGCUGGGUUGUGACUUGCUAUAAAAAAUACUCCGCAUAUUGUUAGAAGCAGAGUGGAGCCUGGCCAUGCUGUGUGGACGCCUCUAAAGAAAAUAGGGGAAAAGACAGCCUUGACUCAAGGAGCAAAGUCGGAACCCAUCCCAGACAUGGGGGUGCUGAUGUCCAGGAAGCAGCAGGUGGAAAAGGUGCAGAAGUGCAGCGUGGUGGUCUCCGCCUUCAAGGAGGGGCUGAAGGACUGCCCGUCCCCGACCGACCCCCCCGAGGAGCCCGUGGAGGCAGAGGACACGCCCGCUGAGACAGAGGGAGCUGAAGGACCGCCCAAGGAGGAGGAGAAAGGGGAGACGCAGAAAGAGGACGAUGGCAAAGCGUGCGCCUCCACUUCCCAGCAUGCAUCAGCCCAACAGAGGGAGGACUGUAGGAUCAACCAGGAGGCCUGGUCCCGCCUGAGGGACGGGAAGGGGGUGGAGCCCGAGGACCUGGACCGUGCCAAUCAGCUCACCCCUCCAGCGUUCGUCCGGCCCAAGAGGGACAUCAACGACGACCAGCCCUUAGAUAUCGAGCUGGGGCAGAGAGAGCAGCCGGUGAACGACGAGAUGUGCGAGAUCUGCGAGGUGUGGACGGCGGACGACCUGUUCCCCUGCCGGAUCUGCACCCGGGUCUUCCACGACGGCUGCCUGCGGGAGAUGGGCUACGUGGGCACCGACACUGUGCAGGAGAUGAGGGACGCCGCCCGCUCCGCCACCGGGUGGAGCUGUUACUACUGCGACAACGUCAACUUGCUGCUCACAGAGGAGGAGAUGUACAGUCUCAUGGAGACCUUCAAACAGUGCAAGAUCAUUCCAGAGUCCUGUUUAGUGGCGGAUGAGAUUCUGCAGUACAAGCACUUCGUGUCCAAGCGGCUGUUCGACAAGGACCUGUCCGACGAGCAAGAGGAAGAGGUUCUGGCCCAGUUCUCUGCCCUGGACCCGGAGAAGAAGGGGCAGAUCGAAUGGUCUGACUUCCUGUACCACGAGUCCCUGGGUGUGCUCAGCAAGUUCCGCACCGAGAACUCCCUGGUGCGGCUGCUGACUGCGAAGGAGAGGGAGCGGGCCCGCUCGGUUUUCCUGGGUCUGGACCAGGACAAAGACGGCCUGAUCACGGGCGGGGACGUCCGCAGGGCGCAGCCGUCCUGGUUCCAGAAACACAGCAAGGAGUCGCAGUCAUGCAACGUGAGUAUCAGCCAUGUUGGCCCUAUAUCAGAGAACAGCCCGGCCAGCUCCAGCAGCGAGAAGAGCAGGGAGAAGGAUGACAAUAGACAGGUGACCUGGCAGCAGUUUGUGAAGGAGAGUGCUCUCUUCAUCCUGGCAGCUCGGCCAAACAGCCCCGCCCUCCAUCUCCGCCCCCUGCUGUGACGCCCCAGGGUCAACCCAAGUCCUUGGGAGGGAGGGAGGGAUGCCGAGAGAGGGGGAGAUAAUAGAAUGCGUGAGUAGAGAGAGAUGGAGUUGAGAAGAAAUAUGGAAUAGAAUAAGAUAAAUGCAACAGAGAGAGAGAGAGAGAGUGAGAGAGAGAGAAUGAGAGAGAGAGACAGAGAGAGAGGGAUGUUGGGAAGGUGACGCCUAUGACAGGCGCCAGGCUCAGUUGAAAGAAGGUACGUUACCUUCUGCAGAGAGGUGUUCUUUCCACCUGAAAACUACACGGGCCACAUAAACACUGGAAUUCAUACAGAGACACUGCAGUCAGCCAAAUGCCAAUGUCAACCAUCAGCGGCACGAAAAUGGGAGAAAAAAAAGCUCAUCACUAAUAUCCACACACAUACGGAGACACAUGUAUUGUGUGGGAGUGUAAAGGACAUACAGUAAGAAAUAUUUAGUCUCUUUACUUGGUAAGUACCCACCCUUUGGAAGAGGGAAGCGUUCUAAUGUCUAAGAUCAGUGUUAGAUAUUUCCAGAAUUAUGAAUGCAGUACCUCUCACAGUAUUAUCCCAUCAUUAAAUUCUGCUACAAAAAAAGAGUAUGUAAGUACUGUACUGUAAGAACAAACACUGGAAUUGCAACAGAAGAAGAGAAAGAGUGGUCUGCCCCUGUGGCAGAGAGGAGCGGAAUCCGAUGGGACCUAAGUGGAAAACUGGAUGCUCUUUGCACUUUUUUAAUUGUUUGCAUUAUGCAUCUGAAAUUAAUGAAUAUAUAUUGUAACAGGUGGAAAUUAACUGAAUGGUAUGUGCCAGGAAAAAAAUGUAAUGUUUUUUUUGCCAAUGUGACAACAAUUACAACACUUGGAGAAAUGCAUCUGUACUGAAAUAAAAAUACAUGCUGUCAUUUUU